CGUGGCCGGGCCGGGGGGCGUGGCGGCCCCGCGAGGGAGGGGGCGUGGCCGCCGGCGGCGAAGUGGCAGCGCGCCUCGGCCAAUCAGCGGCGCGGAGAGCGGCGGCCGCGUUCCAGCCCGCGCGCUCCGGCCAAUGGCGCGGCGCUCGGGGGGCGUGGCCCGGCCGGCGCCGACACCGGGGCCGCGCGCGGCGGAGCGCGCUCCCCCCGCCGGGCCGCGGCCGCUCCGCGCAUGGACCCCCCGCGCCCGCCCGCGGUCCUAAUGCCCGCCCGCCGCCGCCGCCGCCCGCCGCCCCCGCCCGCGCCGCCCGCCGCCCGCGCCGCCGCCGCCAAGGCUCCGCUGGGAUCCGAGGGCUGGCCGGGGGAGCCGCCGCCGCGCCAGGACGCGGCCAGCCAGGACGCCGUGCUGCGGGAGCUGGACGCGGGGCUGGAGCGGUGCCUGGCGCUGCACUCGGCCGUGCAGUGCAUCCCCGUGCCCCGGCACAGGAAGCUCUCGGGCAAGGCGGGCAUUGAUGAGGUGAUGGCAGCGGCAGUGCUCACCAGCCUCUCUGCCAGCCCGCUGGUACUCGGACACCCACCAGCCACUCAUGCCCCAGAGCCCGGCAGCGAGGUGUGGAAGGAGGCUCCUGCCAUGUCCUCCAGCUGCAGCAGCAGCAGCAACACCAGCGGGGACUGGAGCUGGGACCCUUCCAGCGACCGAUCCACCCCCUCCACACCCUCACCCCCCCUCUCCAGCCACGUCCCCAGCACCUUCCUGCCUGGCCCACUGCCAGAUGAGGGCCCUGAUGAGCCCGAUGGCACCCACUUCAUCUUUGGAGAGCCCACCCCACGGAAGAGGAAGAACUCCACCAAGGUGAUGUUCAAGUGCUUGUGGAAGAGCUGCGGCAAAGUCCUCAGCAGCUCCUCAGGGAUGCAGAAGCACAUCCGAACCAUGCACCUUGGCCGCAAAGCCGACCUGGAGCAGAGCGAUGGCGAGGAAGAUUUCUACUACACGGAGCUGGACGUGGACGUGGAGGCGCUGACAGACGGGCUCUCCAGCCUCACCCCCGUCUCUCCCACCUCCUCGGUGCCUCCCGCCUUCCCCGGCCCCGAGGCUCCUCCGCCGCCGGCGCUGCCCAUCCUCGACCUGGCCCUGGCCUCCCCCUGCAGCCCCCCGGCCGCCCCCGGCCGCUGCCACGUCCACACUGACCACGCGUACCAGGGCUGCCGGACCCCUCCACGGCCACCGGUGUCCCCCACUGUCCCCACCCCACCGCCACCCAAGCCACCGGCCGUGCCCAGGCGGCCGCGGGGGGAGGCCAAGAAGUGCCGCAAGGUGUACGGCAUGGAGCACCGGGAGAUGUGGUGCACGGCGUGCCGCUGGAAGAAGGCCUGCCAGCGCUUCCUCGACUGACGGAGCCCCGCCGCUCCCUCCUUCUUGCACAUUUUGCACUCGAGGUGCCUUCGCGCCCCCCCGGCCGCCCCCGGACUCAGGGAACGGCCCCCCGAAAGCUUUAUGCACACACACACAGCCCCCCCGCCACGGAGCUCGUCCCCCCUGCC